CCCGUAUCUCAAUAAAGAGAAUCUGCUCUCUUAAGCCCUGUGUCUGUGCCUGAGUGGGGGCGAGCACGGGGCUGAGACUAGAGGUCGGCCUCUGCCUGGGGAGUCCCGAUCUCUGAGCGGAAGUGGAGUGAAGUGUGGCGCGGAAGUGAGGCGAAGGCUUUCCCCAUCGCCUGGGCGCGCCGAGCGGUCUAAGCGACUGCGUCUGAUGAGGCGGGGAGCCGCCAGGUUGAGCCUAUCCGCUGCGGGGAGGGCGGGACUUCCUGCGCGGGGGCCCGAACCGCUCCGUCUCCCUGCUCUCCGUGGUCCCGGCUCGCGUGUAGCGGCAGCGGCGGCGUCUCCGUGAGGAGGCGCGCGGGGCCAUGACGUCAGCGUCCACAAAGGUCGGAGAGAUCUUCUCGGCGGCCGGCGCCGCCUUCACGAAGCUCGGGGAGCUGACGAUGCAGCUGCAUCCCGUGGCCGACUCUUCCCCUGCGGGUGCGAAGUGGACGGAGACGGAAAUAGAGAUGCUGAGGGCUGCUGUGAAGCGAUUUGGGGACGAUCUUAAUCACAUCAGCUGUGUCAUCAAGGAACGGACAGUGGCUCAGAUAAAGGCCACUGUGAAACGCAAGGUAUAUGAAGAUUCUGGCAUCCCCCUUCCAGCUGAGUCACCCAAGAAAGGGCCCAAGAAGGUGGCAUCUGGUGUCUUGUCACCUCCUCCAGCUGCCCCUCCUCCCAGCAGCUCCAGUGUCCCUGAGGCCGGGGGUCCCCCCGUAAAGAAACAGAAGGCUGAUGUGACACUCAGUGCUCUGAACGACUCCGACGCCAACAGUGACCUGGUGGAUAUUGAAGGGCUAGGAGAAACUCCUCCAGCUAAGAAACUGAGCUUCGACCAGGACAGCCUGACCCUGGAUUCUGGCCUUCUCAUGACCUCUGCUGAUCCUCCUCUCCUCUCCUGCUGAGCCUUCCACCUCUGACCUCUCACUGUUCAUUGCUGGACCUGUGGAUCUCCUGGGACUCCGAGCAAGGCCUGCACGAGAGAGGGCUGAAAGGCUGCUGGGGCUGCCACCUUGCUAUUCCCGCAUAAGCAUCUGCCCCCAAACCCCUUUGACCUUCAUCUGAUGGACAUUUUUAUACAGAAAACAAUAAAGAUUUCCCUCUCAGCUU